GGCACGUGAUCUGUCUUCACACGGAAGUCAGGAGAUUCGCUCGCAGAAUGGUCCUCCGCGCCUGCUGCUUUUCCUGCAUUUUCCUCACUUGUAGGAUAAAACCAGUCUGCGUGUUAUUGAACAGUUUAACGCUUUUAUUUAUUUUGCACUGGCCGGAGGCUGCUAAUGCUGAGAACUCAUUAUACAGUGACCUUUUAUUGCCAUAUCCACAUUCAUGGGGCCACGGUCCUCGGCACAGCCACCGUCAUGUGAGAGACUGUCAACCAGUGAUCUUUGGCAAUGUGACUCAUGAAACAUGGAUCAGUGAUAAAACUACUGACUUUCCUGUAACUGUUACCAAUGUGUUUGUGUCAGUGUUUCCUACCACAGAAGGAAGAAAAAAGUCAGUUUAUGGCCAUAUGACUGUGAUAAACAAUCCUCUUCAUACAGUUUCGGUAUUAGAGCCCAGUGGACCUGAAGGAUGUAUUAAACGGCGUAUUGCUACAGUAGAGGAAACCGCUCAUCCGAGAAAAUGCCUUGUUGCACAGAAUGGAGGAUAUUUUGAUAUUAAAACCAAUGAGUGCCUUGGAAAUGUUGUAAGUGAUGGAAAAUUAGUGAGAAACAGUAAAGGGAUUCAGAAUGCCCAAUUUGGUAUCAGAAAAGAUGGCACACUUGUUUUUGGUUACCUAUCUGAAGAUGAUGUAUUGGACCAAAAAAACCCAUUUGUUCAGUUAAUUAGUGGAGUUGUUUGGCUUCUUAGAAAUGGGACUAUUUACGUGAAUGAGAGCAAAAAAGCUGAAUGUGAAGAAACACAAAAAACAGGAACAUUUGAAAAGUUUAUUAAUGUGGUGUCUGCAAGAACAGCAGUUGGGCAUAACAAAGAAGGAAAGCUCAUUUUAUUCCACAUGGAUGGGCAGACAGAAGAGAGAGGGUUAAGCCUAUGGGAACUGGCAAAGUUUUUACAAGGGCAAGGUGUGAUUAAUGCCAUUAACCUUGAUGGUGGUGGUUCUGCUACUCUGGUUAUAAAUGGCUCUCUCGCAAGCUAUCCAUCAGAUCACUGUCCAAAUCCUAUGUGGAGGUGCCCUAGAAAAAUCUCCACUGUCAUAUGUGUACAUGAGCCUCCAUGUGAUCCAGAAGACUGCAGUGGGCAUGGUGUCUGCAUGUAUAGAAAAUGCCAAUGUACAGAGGGUUGGAAAGGCCCUGCAUGCGAUACCCUGGACUGUCAGCCUUCAUUCUGUGAUGGCCAUGGCUACUGUUCACCAAGUGGAUGCGUCUGUGAUGCUGGAUGGAUGGGUGCUAACUGCAGUGAUGAAUGCCCUUUAGGAUUCUAUGGCCAGUCCUGCAAAAAUAACUGUGAAUGUGAUCAUCCUUGUCUGUGCCAUCCUGAAACAGGAAAAUGUAAUGCAUCCUACCUGGAUCAACUGAACAGAACAUUACACAGAACUGCUCAGUGUCUUUAUUCACAAUCAUUUCAAACUUGGAAGAACAGUCCUGUUUUACAGAAGCAGACGUUUAACUUUUCAGAGACUGUUUGGAUUACUAUCACUUCAGCCCUGGGAUUAGGAUUCCUUACAAUUGCCAUUGUCAACCUGAUCUGUGUUUGCAGAAAAUAUUCUUGUGUUAAACGUGAUCUCUAUUCCUAUUAUGCUUUGAAUGAAGUAAACGACAAGAUAAACAAUGGUGAAUAUUCCGAGUCAACGUUUGCAGAGUGGACUGACACAGGCAGUACAGAUUUGGGUAUUUCAUGAACGUUUGAUUUCCUGCUGGUUUGCCAUAAAGAAUGUUUCUGGAUUUUUAUUUAAUUGGUAUUUUAACUAAAUCUAGUAAUUUAAGAAGCUUAAGUUUCAAGAAGCAGGUCCAAAAAUGUCAGGAUUUCCAGGAUUUGUCAGACCUUGCAACUAGUGUGCCAUUUGUCAAGAAUUUCAUUACCAUAUUUUGAAUAUUCAAUUUUAUAUUUGUAGACAUAUGCAGUGUAUAUAUACUGUAUACUAUAUACAGUAUUUAAAAAUGCAUGAUGUGUUUUUUUAUAUUAAAGGCUCAAUGCAAAAAUACAAGGUUGCAGUUUUGCAUUAGGAUAGCCAGACAUCUAAGAAAUAACCAGAAGGAUGUAUUUUGUAUUUACAUUUGAAUGUACUUUGUCUUUGUUCUGAUGAUUGUGUAGUUUGGAAUGGUAUCAAAUGAGAAACGGCCAAAAUGCUUUGAAUGUAUACUUACAGUACUGUGAAAUUUAGCCGGGACUGACUUUGGCUCCUUUUACUUCUGUUCUUGACAGUGGAUGGAAAUUUGGGUCAGUAUGUUUUCUGUCUCCUGUUCCUAAAAUGAAAGUUGUACUUUUUAAUUUGCUUAUCAGUUUAAUUUGUAUAGAACAUCAGAAGCAUUUACAUUCAGGUUCUUGCUCUUAUGAGUACUAUUGAAUUUACUGUAAAAGCUGGCUUUGUUUACCUACUCUUUUUUUUUCUAGUUUACCCUAACGUGUUUUUAAGACGCAAAGUGCUUUUAAAACCUUUAAUUGUAAGAAUCGUAUUAAGUGCAUACAGUGGCAAGAAAACAUAAGUGAACCCUUUGGAAUUCCCUGGAGUUCUUAAUAAAAUGUGGUGUGAUUUUCAUCAAAAAUCACAAUUGUAGACAAACGCAAUCUGACUCAACUAGUAACACACACACUCUUGUACUUUUCAUGCCUUCAUUGAGCACACUGAGUAAUCAUUCUGAGUGCAGGCUGGAAAACUCAAGUGAACCCUCAAUUUUAAUCAUUUGUAGAUCCGUCUCCAGCAGCAACAACCUCCAUCAUUUGAAUUGGGGAGUCAGAAUUUCCAAGUUUCUACUUGGAAUUUUCAACUGGGACACCCCCACAAGUUGGAUUUCCUACUUGGAAACACGGGGCUGGUCUGCCAAGUCUGAGUUUGUCCAGCUUCAGAUUAUGACAUCAAUCCAAAAUGGUGACGUACAUCAUGAAAGCUGUACUAUUGUACGGGUUUAUUAGCGCUUCUGUGUCUAUGUGUCUCACUAAAGCAGUCGUACACACAGCGCUGUUCAACGUCUAUCUGUGGACAUGUUGCUACGGUGUGUGGAUACAGAAAAUACUGUGUAGCGUGUUGUUCAGUAGUUGCAUUCCGAAAGAGCAGGCACAGGAAAGUUUUUCCUGGAGCCAUUUCUACUGUUUUUCCAAAUUUUUUACUGGGAUACAGUCAACCUGGGAAAGACGUCAUUCCCAACUCCAACAUCCAAGGUAAAGGGAAGGCAGCAUAAGACUUGCACAACAUUGAGGAUGAAGUUUGGACCAUUCCUCCCAACAAAUCACUUUCAGUUCAUCAUCAUGUAUUGAUUACACAGCCCUCUUCAGGUCGUGCCCCAGCAUCUCAGUGGGGUCAAGGUCAGCACUCUGACUUCGCCAUACCAAAGCACCAAUCUUCUCCUUUUUCAAUCUUUUUUUAGUUGAUUUACUUGUGCGCUUUGUGCCACUGACUCGUUGCAUCACUCACACUCUCUUAAACUUGACAUCAUGGAAUGCUGCCCUUACAUUCACCUGUAAAAUGUCUUGAUACACCUCUGAAUUCGUUGUUCCCUUAAAGCUUGUAAGGCCUUCAGGCCCUGAGGCAGCAAAGCAGUCCAUACCAUGAUGCUCCCUCCACCACACUUCACAGGUGGGAUGAGGUUUUGGUGUGAAAUGCCCAUUUUCCUCUGAACAUAGCACUGUGCAUUUGUCCCAGAAAGUUACAUUUUUGUCUCAUCUCUCCAUAGAACAUUUUCCCAUAAGUGUUGUGGAACAUCCAGUUGGUUUUGGACAAAUUUGAGAUGUGCUGCAAUGUUUUAUUUUUUUUUCACAGCAGUAGUUUACAUCAUGGGGUCCUUCCAUGUACACCAUUGUUGUUCAGUGUUUUUCUGAUAGUGGACACAUGAACAUAGACAUUCACAGUUUCUAGACUUUUCUGAAGGUCUUUCAUGGUUAUCAUUGGGUUCUUUUACACCUCUUUCAGGAUUGCCCCUUUCUGAUCUUGGAGAGAUCUUUACAGGACGCCCACCCCUAGGGACAGUAGCUACAGUCCUGAACUAUCUCCAUUGAAAGACAAUUUGUCUGACUGUGGAUUGAUGAACAGCCAGGUCUUUAGCAAUUCCUUUGUAGCCUUUUCCAUCUUCACGCAUCUCUAUAAUGCAUCUUCUAAGGUUCUGUGACAAUGGUUUGGAUCGAGUCAAGGGUCACACUAACUGGUCUUUCUCGAGGAGGAUAGAUUUGCCACUAACCAGGCUUUGUGUGCCUUUAUUUGAAGGGCGAGACAUCUGUGCAAGCCACACUUCCAAUCUCAUCUCCUUAUUUGAAACACUUUCCUCCAAUUAACGUCUAAAGAAGUCAUUCAAACAGAGGCUCAUUUACCGUGAAUGAGGACUCAACAUGCUCCAUAAAGACCAGAAAAGCCCAAGGGUUUGUGUGUUCUUAGUUUAGUUUGAGAGUAUUUGCCUAGAAUUGUGACUUGCAUGAAGAUCACUUCACAUUUUUGUUAAGAAUUAAUGCAGACAUCCAGAGAGUUCCAAAGGGUUCACUUUUUCUUGCAACUGUAUGUUUGAAUGUAUGCCAAAAAUGUAAACUCAUUUAAUAAUUCACAGUAAGAAUCUGCUUUUAUAAUAUUUUACAGCAUCCCUGCUGCCUAUCACUUCCAACUUUGGAGCCGCACCUUUCGUUGUGUAUAGAGCAUCUGAUUUGGAUAAAGUACUAAAUGUUGUUUAGUACAUUUCUAUUUCUUUAUUACUAUUAUUAGUCAUACAUUUCGAUUUAUCAGAUAAUUUUACUGUGAAUGAGGUGUUAUUUUAAUAGUGUUAUUGAUCAGACAAGUGUGUUAUUCAUGCUUUGUGUUUCUAAGCAGAGUAUUAAUCAGGUCCUGACUCACUUUUGCACAGAUCUUGUGUAUAUUUUUAUUUUUUAAACCACAGCCUUUGCAGAACUUAGAAAAUUAGUGGAUGGAUAUUGCGGUUUAUUGUAAUUUGGUCGUCUGUGAUACUGCAAUUGAAGUACAGUAUGUUCAAUUACAUAUGUGUGCUUAGCUAAUACAGAUAAUCAUUUUUAUUUUUCAGGAUAACAUUUUUGUUUAAUUCUUGAAAAUAUGUACGGCUAUCAAAUUACAUUCUUUCCCUGAAGGUGCAAAUAUUUAAUACAGAGCGUAGGAUGGCAAUCACUUUAAAAGUUCACAAUAUAAUUACAAAUUUGUUCAUCCUCCAUUAAAUUUUUCCUAAAUAUAGCCUUUGCAAGUGCAAUCCGCUUUAAGUCACCACAAGUAUGUCACCACCAAAUUUACAAAAGCAUUUUGAUUUCCUUGUCCUGAUAAAAUCUUGUGCCCCCAACUUCACAGAGUUGGGUGGGUUUUUAUUUUAAUUACCUGAUAGUUCCAUCACUGAAUUUACAACUGGACACCGUCCACAAUUCUUAUAUUGUUAAGUUGGAGCGGUAUGUGCCGACUUAAAUAUUCAGAUGAUAGAGAAGAGCAACAUCACAGAGCAGACUCACACCAAACCAGUUUAGCGUGGUCACUUAACUGGACAGGACGUUUUUGGAGUUCCAGGUGGGACCCCCAUGUACACAGGGAGAGCACUCACACUCCACCACAGGGAAUUCAGCUGGAGUCCAAGGGCCAUGAGGUGGCUACACUAUCAGCUAUGCUACUUGUGUCCCACCUAGUCUUCAGCUUUCACUUUUGAGUGAAAAUGAGCUGAAAAGAAUUGUGGGUGGGAUGACAUUUCAUGAGGUCUAGACUUGAAUUUUUAUAGGCCCUAAUGAUAAGCAGUAAACUAUCAUAAAACAUUUAAAGUACUGUAAAUAGACUGUCUGUGCCCAGCAUAUAACUUUUUCAUUAUAUUCAAGCUUUUAUUAUAUUAUUGUUCAAAAACAUGUUUAAAUAUACAAAUUACAGUGCAUUAGGCUUACUUAUUUCUUAGUGCCAUAACAACAGAUUUGAUUUGGUAAGACUCAAAUAAAUAAAACAUCAUACAAGUACAGUAUAUAACG